AUGGAGAAUAGAACGAAAGAGAGGCCCCACCCUCCGCGGCGAAGUGCCCGCAAUAGGAAGAGCGACAUCCUGGCGUCCGACACUGUCCAGCCCCCGGCCACUACACAGCGCAGCGCCCGCCCGCCUCGCAAGCUCGACACGGCGCGCGCGAGACUCAGAGGUGCCAUCGCCCAGCAGUCCAAGGCGAAGGCGGACAGCUUCUUGGCAGCCAACAAGGACUACUUUCUGCCGUUGCUUCCUGCACACAACUACGUGUCCAAGCUCGUGGCGAGCAAUCAUCCCCGUUCCACCGUGGAGUACGAGCAUCUUCGCCGCCAACCCCAGGGUGUCCGAGCAACGAUGAAGCCAUACCAGCUCGAAGGCCUGUCCUUUUUAGUUCAUCUUUACAACAACGGCUUCUCCGGGAUUCUUGGCGACGAGAUGGGUCUGGGCAAGACUUUGCAGACUUUGUCACUGUUUCAAUAUCUAGAGGAGCAAGACCAAAAGUUAGGCGCCGCAUCCGAGGAGCUGCGACCCUAUCUCGUCAUUUGUCCGCUGAGUGUUCUCAACUCAUGGGUAACGGAAGCGCAGAAAUGGGUUCCCGAACUCAAGAUCCUCCGAUUCCACGGCACUGCCAACCAGCGAGAUCGCCUCAAGAAGGUCGCCCUCGGCAUGGCGGACCAGUUCGGCAAUGAGACUCUGCAGUCCAGGAAUCGCAAGGCAUCGAGAAAGGCUGGUCUCAAGGUCUCGAAGCUUCCCACUGACGCCUCCUCGGAAUCCUACCAGAUCAUUGUGACGACUUAUGACACAUUCCAGGCCGAGCACUCGUGGUUCAAGCACUCAUUUGUCUGGCGCUACGUGGUCCUUGACGAAGGCCACAAGAUCAAGAGCAGCGUCUCGCAAAUAUCCACGGCGCUGAGGCAUAUCGCUGCAGAGUAUCGCCUCAUAUUGACCGGAACUCCGUUGCAGAACAAUCUUGUCGAAAUGUGGGCUUUACUGGCUUGGCUGUACCCUGACGUUUUCGCCGACAAUACCCAGAGUCUCUUCAAGGAAUCUUUCGAUCUCACUCGAGGCAUGGUCAACCGGAAGACCAUGGAUGACGCCCGACGACUGCUCGAACUCAUAAUGUUGCGGCGGAUGAAGGAUAGUCCAGGUGUCAACCUUGGGCUACCACCGAAAGAGGAGGUGCUGCUAUACGUCCCCCUUACCCCAAUGCAGCGUUUCUGGUACACCCGGCUUCUCACGCGUGUGGAUGACGCCAUGCUCGACGAACUCUUCGCGAACGGAAAGAGCAAGGAAAAGCUUGCUUUGGAAAAGGAGAAAGAAGAUGGCAAGCUGCUAUCGCGAAUCGAGAAGUUGAACGCCAACACAUUAGCACAGGAGGGCGACUGGGGAGAGACUGCCGAGAUCAUGCGACAGGCCCUCGAGAAGGAAAAGGGUGCUGAGACCAAUUCAGCCUGGCGCAAGCUCAUGAACCUUGUCAUGCAACUCCGGAAAUGCUGCUCUCAUCCCUAUUUGCUGCCGGGCACUCUUCCUGACCCAUAUUACAUCGGCCAACAUGUCAUUCGUGCGUCAGGAAAGUUCAUCCUCCUUGCGAAGCUCCUGAAGCACCAGAUCUUCGAGCAACGCAAGAAGGUGCUGAUCUUCUCUGGCUUCACCCAGACGCUAGAUUGCUGCGAAGACAUGCUAGCCCUUAUUAGCAACCACGGCAAGGGCUUUAAGUACGUCCGCUUAGACGGUAGCACCGGCCGGGCUCGGCGCAAUCUCGACAUUCGCCUAUUCAACGAUUCCAAGACCGACUAUAAGGUCAUGCUUCUGUCAACUCGUGCUGGUGGCCUAGGCAUCAAUCUGACCAGCGCGGAAGACGUCAUCUUUCUGGACGAGGACUGGAACCCCCAGAUUACCUUGCAGGCAGAAGCUCGAGCCCACCGGAUUGGCCAGACGAAGAAAGUGACCAUCUAUAAGCUUUGCACUCAAGGCACGGUAGAGGAACAGAUGAUGGGUCGCAUCCGGAAGAAGCUAUACUUAUCAGCUAAGAUAACAGAAUCUAUGAGGAACAUCCAUGGGGCGCGCGCUUCCGCAACCGCCGCCGCUAAAGGGCAUCUUUCGCUUACAGAUGAUAUGCCAGAGAUGAGCACCGGCCAGCUCAAAUCCCUCAUCCGCCGUGGCGCGCAGACCCUGUCGCAUCCCGAGAUCAACGUGACAGAGAUGCUGUCCUGGGACCUCAACACAAUGAUGGCAAAGUGUCGCGACAAGCCCGCGGAUUUGCACGCGAACCCUGACGUUGUGAAUCCCGACAUUGACGAGGAGAAAUGGCUAUCGGUAAUGGAGCGUGUCGAAUGUGCCGUUCUCGAUGGGAAGCGCUACCAACGCCAACUCAACACUAAGGCCGAUAAUCCCGCCGUCAACAUUCUGCCGGAUUCCAUCAGCCGCGAAGACCGCCGCAAGGGCAAGAACACCACUGUGAUGAUCGAUGGAUUCGCUAUCAACAAGGAAUCGCUCAGCUGUAACGACUGGGAAGCUGUUCCAACCUUUGCCGGAAAGGAUCCACGACUCGCGGAACCCAAGCGUGAGAAGCGACGGGAGAUCCAGCACGAAGAGCAUUGCGUAGCCUGUUUCGAUGGACCAGAUGCAGGGCAUAUGGUGGAGUGCAAGAGCUGUCCACGAACGUACCAUUACGAUUGUUUGGAAGACGACUAUCAGGUCAAAGUCAAAGGAUUCAGCGGCUUCUUCUGUCCCCAGCAUACCUGCUAUGAGUGCGGGAAGAACACGACGGAUGCUGGAGGCCUUAUUUACCGCUGUCGCUGGUGCCCGCACGGGUUCUGCGAAGACUGCCUUGAGUGGGGCAAGGAAGAGCUCAUCGGUGAGAAUCUUCCGGAGUUUGAGAUGCUGGGUGAAGAAUCCCCUACAGGCGGAUUCUACAUCAAGUGCCCUAGCUGCAUUGAGGCCGUUGAGGAGGAUGAAGAUAGGAGGGAGUGGAUGAUGGGCAUGGAGGCCAGCUACCGGGAGCAACAUGAAGAGUGGGUCAAGGAUCAAGAAGAGCAGCUGCGUUUCCUCGAGAAAGAGCAAGAUGCCCUGCAAGGCACCGGUCACCAGAACAAGAUCCAGAAUAAGGUCAAUGCUGAGACGAACCAGCUGCUUCCGCAACUAGGUCUCGGAAACCAGCGUUUCCGGCCCAUCAUUCUCGACGACGAUGACGCUGCUUCACAGCCUGCGCUGACCGACACUUCGAUUCCAACUCCUGCCCCUGGCGAGUCUGGCGUAAGCACUCCGCGCCUCCUAGGCCCUCAAAUGCAGGGCAAGAGAAGGGCCGAGAUUGAGCUCGAUGAAGAGUUCAGGGAUGCGCGUGAGGAGAAGAGGGCUAGGCUUGACACUAUCGGACAAGCCUUUCGAAGCAUAGACAAGCAUUUCCUAGUUGCGAAUAAGCUCGUACAGUUUUCUCACGAAGCAACAAAGGUUCAACCACAGCUCACCGCUGAGGCUGUUCUACGAUGCGCCGGGUAUUUGUGGAGACAUUGGUGUCAGCAUGGAAUCCAAAAUGGGGGGAAGGCGGGAAUAGCGACUGACACUCCGCCAGCGACGACAGUUGACUUCAUCGCCGAAAGUGGAAGGGAGAAAAAAUAUAAAGCACCCACUGCUGCCGCACAACAAGGAGUAUCAUCACUCAAGGCCACUACCAUUCAGUCCUUCAUAGAUCUUCUUCGCUCGAUCUUCUGCUCAAUCUUCUGCUCAAUUUUUGAGAAUACAGCCAAAAUGCGCUUCAGCACCAGCAUCCUCGCCAUCGUCGGCCUCGCCACUCAAUCCACCCUCGCCGCUACGUGCUUCCCGCAAAGCGGAUGCAAGUCGUGCGCUAGCUUCCAGGAGCUCGAGGAUCUCAAGAACAACUUCUGUGCCACCAAAUUUAACCUCGCCAACACGCCCGAGCAGUUCAAUUUCCAGGCGCACGCGCAGGUCCUCGGUGGGCCAAUUGGCAGCCAGGACCUGUGCAAUAGCGCUUUCGACAAUAUUGUUGAUCAGUGCUUUGGGAAUCAUGAUGGUGGGGACUUCAACUUCAAUGGGUGGGACUUGAAGGUCGGGUUUUGCUCUUGCGACUAG